UUCAAACAUUCUCUAAUGUCUUUGUCUGCUGGAAUUAUUUCCAGAAUUGGAUAUUCCAUAGCUGAGAGACUUGGACAGGAUGGGGCUAAAGUGAUGAUCAGCAGUAGAAAGCAGAAAAAUGUGGAUGCCAGUCUUCAAAAACUGAAAGCACUUGGGAUUGAAGCCUCAGGAUUGGUUUGUCAUGUUGCCAAGCGAGAGGACAGGGAAAAAAUGAUACAGAGGACUAUUGAUGACUUUGGAGGCAUUGACAUAUUUGUUUCCAAUGCUGCUGCAAAUCCACACUUUGGUCCUCUACUUUCAUGUUCUGAGGAAGCAUGGGAUAAGCUUUUUGAAACUAAUGUAAAGGCUACCUUUAUGUUAUGCAAGGAAAUAAUUCCACACAUGGAGAAAAGAGGGGGUGGGUCCAUUGUGAUUGUUAGUUCUAUUGGAGGUUACCAACCCUCUCCUGUUAUUGGAGCUUACUCAGUCACUAAAACGGCCCUCCUAGGACUGACGAAGGCACUAGUUCACGAGUGUUCAAUCAGGAAUAUACGGGUCAAUGGAUUAGCUCCAGGGGUCAUCAAAACAAGAUUCAGUGGAGCAUUGUGGAAGGAUGAAGAUAGUGCCAUCAGUAAAACAGCUCUCAGUAUGACACCAAUGAAAAGGUUUGGAGAACCAAGAGAAUGUGCUGGGACAGUUUCCUUCCUGGUUUCUGAUGAUGCAUCUUACAUCACAGGAGAAACCAUCCUAGUGACCGGGGGAAUUGAUGCUAGGCUGUAACCUAGUAUUACCAUGGACACCACCAGGCUGUAACCUAGUGAUGGAAGAUAGCAGAGUCAGGCUGUAGUGGGCGUGUUUACAAAACCCAAUGACUAAGGAAGUGGUGUCAGAGCAAUAACUGUCAAUCAUGCUAGGGAGAUAUCAGUGCGAGGAAUUCGUUAUUUUUAUGUAUCUGUGUGACAGUACAGGACCAUUUUAAGCUGUGAUAUGGAAGUAAGCCAGGAUUGAGAACAUACUGAUAAUUAUUACACCUAUACAUUUUUAAUUGAUAAGUCUGAAUGACAAUGUGAAAUGAGAUAUUCAUCAUGUAUGAUAAACACAUCUGUAAUAAAAUAUUUCCAUAGAAAUAUA